UUCCUUUCAUGAAAGUCAACACUGGAGCCAUGUUGUCAAUAAGGUCCAUUGGUUCUGUUAUUUUGUUCUUCUCCUUGGUUGAAUCCCUAACACUACCAAAAGCACCUCAGCAGAAAGAUUACUUAAAUGUCACCCAGAAAUUUUUGGAGAACAACAUUAGAGACGUGGCCACUGUCGCAUUUGCUCAGUUCAUUCAAGAAGCCACAUAUGAAGAAAUUACUGGAUUGGGGGAACAGAUGGUCCACCAUAGAGACAAAUGCAUAGCCAACGUGCAGCUCCCUGAGUGUUCACAGAUAGCAAUCCACGUAAUGCAGGAUAAAAUAUGUGGGGUAAAGGAACUUUCCAACAAGUACAGACUUUCAGAAUGUUGCACAAAUGACACUUCUGAGAGACGACUGUGUUUCUUUCAACGCAAAAAUGUUGAUGUCAGUUUUUUGACUCCUUUCCAAGUCCCAGAUCCAGAGAAGGGGUGCCAGGAGUUUGAAGAAGAUCAGGAUGCUUUUCUAAAUCACUAUAUCUAUGAAAUAGCAAGACGGAACCCAUUUGUUUUUGCCCCAACACUCUUGUCUCUGGCCGCUCACUACAAAGAAGUCAGCACCAGCUGUUGUCAAGAGGAAAACAAACAUGAAUGCUUCCACACAAAGGUAACAACCAUCACAAAUGAUUUAAAAGACAUUUCUGCCAAGCAGCAAAACCUCUGUGGGGUAUUAAGGCAAUUUGGACCCAAAGGCGUGAAACUUCUAAAAGUUGUGGAAAUCAGUCAAAAAUUUCCCAAAAUUGACUUUAAAGAACUUGACAUACUCCUGAAAGAUGUUCCUACCAUGAUUGAUGGGUGCUGUGAAGGAGAUGUAGUUCACUGUUUCCAUAGUGAGGCCAAGAUGAUAAACUACAUCUGUUCAAAACCAGACUCCAUCUCCAGCAAAAUCAGAGACUGUUGUCAACUCACAGCACCCCAGAGGGGUGAAUGCAUCAUGAUUCACUCAGAAAAUGAUGAUAAGCCAGAGGAUUUAUCUCUAGGAGCAAAGAUAUUUACAGAAGGGGAUGAUGUUUGCCAACAUCUGCAUGAAGACAAAGAAAAUAUCCUAACUGAGUUUCUGUAUGAGUAUUCAAGACAGCAUCCAGAGUUGCCUCUUACAGUGCUUUUAAGCAUAGGUGUCAUGUAUGAAAAACUACUGGAAAGAUGCUGCAAAACAGAAAACCCCAAAGAAUGCUAUGGCCAUGGGGAAGAAGAAUUCCUAAGGGUAACAGCAGAAACCCAAGCCAUUACAAAACUGGAGUGUGGCUAUUUCCAGAUACUAGGUGAAGAAGGCUUCCUCAAUCAGUGUCUUCUUCGUCUCACCAAAAAAGCACCCCAACUCUCACCUCAAGAGCUCAUCUCUCACAGCCAGAAACUUGCUGCAUCUUUUACUAAAUGCUGUCCCCUGGGGGAAGGGCAAGCAUUUGCUUGUGUUGACAAUGCGGUACGCCUAAUUCUUGGAGAGCUUUGUGGAAUAAAUAAAAAUCGAACCAUAAACCCAAGUGUGGACAAUUGCUGUAAAUCCUUACCUGCCUUCCGAUCAUGGUGUUUUAAUAAUCUGACAGCAGAUGAAACAUAUACUCCUCCGAUAUUCCUUCCUGAAGUGUUCACCUUCAAUAUAACUUUGUGCCAGAAAAUGGAGCAACAGAGAAAGAGACGAGAAUUGAUUGUGAAUCUUGUACAACAGAAGCCUCUUUCAGCAGUGGAGCAAGUGAUGCAGGUGCUUUCGGAUUUCUCCAAGAUGAUGGAUUGCUGUGAAACAGAGGAGAGGGAGACCUGCUUCAAGGAAGAGAUAAUGAAUAGAACCAAGGCAGUAUUGGCCCACCAUGGACUGAUCUAUCUUCAUCUAUAGACACGCAACGUGACAAUUCAGACUUAUUAAGGAAUUUUACUUAGUCCAAGUUCAAAAAGUCAUUUUUAGACAGUGUAGAAAUCACAGAUUAGAUAUUUAUUGAUGGACUGAAUUAAUUUUUUACAUAAAACACUGAGCUAUAGAAUUAUGUAGGUUCAAUUACCAAGUGUUUUCUACAGAGGAAUCUUCAUUAACUGAGUAGUACCUAUCAAUAAAGAGGCUAAUGUCAACACGUCUUGGUUCAAAGGUAAUGCCAAUGGUUUAUUUGUUUUCUCAAGACUAGUGCUCUUAAUAGGGAUUACUAGGAAGUUAAACCAGUGAAGACAGUUCUUUUAAUCCAGUAAGAAGGGAUUGAGGCAGAGUCAAGAUAGCCGAGUAAGAGGAAGUAUUUUUGUCUUAGCUCCUCAGGACAUCUUUUCUACAACAACCUAGAAAAUGCACCAGACCAAAAUCUGAUUGCCAUAAAAACGUUUUAAAUAAAUGCAGCACACAAGGAAAAGUUUAUACAAUGGAGGGAAUGGUGGUGGCAAUGGUGUGGUAGAAGAGCAGACAAUACCUGAACUACUCUUUCAUCUGAACUGGUUCAAAAAGAGAAAGAAUAAACAACCACAAGCGGAUACAGAAACUCAUCUUACCCAACAGAAAACUAGGAGAAAAAAUGUUUAAGAGAACAAGGGGGAGGAGGAAUA